CAGGUAGGAGGCUGGAAGCCAGCAUGUAUGUAAGUAUAGAAACCCCUGAUUCCAGGAUCCAGGGGGGUCCCGACAAGAUCUGAAAAAGGCUGCCAGAGAGAAAGGCUGAGGGGAGGUAACAACAGAGCCAGACUGAGAUCUACCCUCCUGACAUGGGGCCCCAAGAGCUCCUGGGGUGGGCUCUUGGUGAAUGAAACCAUGCAUUCCAUGUCUUUCGAAAUUCCCUGUGCAGCCUGACUCAACUGACCUUUGUCCUUGGGGCAAAGAGCAGGUCUGUAGGCCCAGUGCAGGGCCAUAGAGGGGAGCGGAUGUGAGCCCGUGCUCUCUACAGUGGAAACCACACGUCUGGCUAGAGACCCGUCAGAGCCCAGGAGAGACUGGUGCCCCCAGCUCACCAUGCCAGCAGCCAAGAGUCAGGAUGUGAAGGUGUGGCAGAAAGUGUUUCAGGAAUUAAUUCACGAGGUGAAACCAUGGCACCAAUGGACCCUGACACUAGACAACAGCCUCAUUCCCAACACCCUGCAACCAGGGUGGGCACAAUACCAGCAGUGGGUCUUUGCCAGGUUCACGUGCUCCUGGUGCUCUCGCAGUUGGGCCUCUGCCCACGUUCAAGUCCUUUGCCACAUGCACUGGAGUAAGAGGGACUCCACGGGCCAGGUGAAGAUGAGGGUCUUCGCCCAGAGAUGUCGGAAGUGCUCGGACCCUCCUUUUGAGGUUCCAGAAUUCACGGAGGAGAACGUCUCAAGGAUCCUGAAUAAUCUGGUGUUCCGGAUUCUGAAGAAAUGCUACGGAGAAGGAUUUAAGUCAAUGGAGGAGAUUCCUACAAUCAAGGAUAUCUCUCUUAAAGGGCCACAUGACACUAACAAUUGUGAGGCGUGUCUCCAGGGCUUUUGUGCUCAGUGUGAGUUAGAUCUAGACAAACCAUCACCAACGUCCCCUUCACUUUUCACAAUAAGCACACCUACCUUUGGGGUUCCCAUCUAUAAACCUUCUUUCACAAGGAGUAGCACCUAUGCGGAUGCAGUGACAGGGGACACCGAGGUGAAGAAAGGAGAGGUAGUGGACAACCCCUGGUUUCCUGAGCCCCCACGGGCUAAGAGUCCCAGAGCAAGCACCAACUACCAGGAAGAGAGUAUAGUCGAGGUCUCAGCCCCAAGGGAGGAUUUGCAUUCCCACAUCGCCCAGAAUCGCAGGCACUGCAAUUUCAGAAUUUGCUGCUGUUCAAUCAUUCUAAUCCUCAUCAUUGUGGUGGUGGUGGUGGCGGUGAUUGCUGCUAAAAUCACUAUAUGAACCUCAAAAACAUGGUGCUAAGUUUAAAAAAUCAGACACACCAAGUCAUAUAUUGUAUGAUCCCGCUGAUGUGAAAUAUUCAGACUAGGUAAAUCAGGAAGUAGAUUGGUGUCCAUACCACUGUUGUGGCUGGUGUGGCUCAGUUGGUGGAUCCUUGUCCCGAGUACCAAAAGAUUGCUGGUUUGAUUCGUCAGGGCACAUGCCCAGGUUUCAGAUUCCGUCCCCAG